AGAGAAGACCUAACUAGGGACGGUUCAGCUGCCCAAAGCACCCGCUGCGGUGGACCUGGCCGGCGCCCUGGACCUCUCGCUUUUCUCAUCCGCUCCCCGCGCCUGCACAGCCAGGUAAUGAAGCCGCUCGGAGAGGGACUCUGGUUCUGUUAGACGGACACACAAACCCGGAAAAGCGCGCGGCACACCGCAGAGUUAGAUCCCGCUGGACCCUGGACCCCGGGCUGGCGCGGCCGGCAUGUCGGAUGCUCGGAAGGGGCCGGACGAGGCGGACGAUAGCCAGUGUGACUCCGGCAUAGAGUCGCUGCGCUCUCUGCGCUCCCUGCCUGAACCUACUGCGGCCCCAGGCUCCGGAUCAUCGCACAGCGGCUGCCCACAGCCUUGGAGCCAUGCUCCGGAGACCCACAAGGAACCAGGGAAAGAAGAUACGGAUGGAGAGCGAGCGGACUCCACCUAUGCCUCCUCCUCUCUCACUGAGUCCUUCCCCUUACUGGAGAGACCCGAAGCCAAGGAUCCAAGCCCUCCAGCCCCAGGAUCGCCGCUGCCCCUCGCGGGGGUGCUGAGCCCUCAGCAACUCGAGGCGCUCACAUACAUCUCUGAGGAUGGAGACACGCUGCUCCACCUGGCAGUGAUUCACGAAGCCCCGUCCGUGCUAUUCUGUUGCUUGGCUUUCCUGCCCCAGGAAGUCCUGGACAUUCAGAACAACCUUUACCAGACAGCACUGCAUCUGGCCGUUCACCUGGAUCAGCCAGAUGUCGUCCGGGCACUGGUGCUGAAGGGGGCCAGCCGAGUUCUGCAGGACCAGCAUGGUGACACAGCCCUGCAUGUGGCCUGUCGGCGCCAGAAUCUGGCCUGCGCGUGCCGCCUGCUGGAGGAGCCACCAGAGCCAGGCAGACAGCGGUCUCAUCCCCUGGACCUCCAACUGAAGAACUGGCAAGGUCUGGCCUGUCUCCACAUCGCCACAUUGCAGAGGAACCAACCACUCAUAGAACUGUUGCUUCAGAAUGGAGCCGACAUUGAUGUACAGGAGGGCACGAGUGGAAAGACUGCCCUGCACCUGGCUGUGGAAACUCAGGAACGCAGUCUGGUGCAGUUUCUGCUCCAGGCCGGUGCCCAGGUAGAUGCCCGGAUGCUUAACGGGUGCACACCUUUGCACCUGGCAGCUGGCCGGGGCCUCAACAGCAUCUCAUCCACUCUGUGUGAGGCCGGUGCCGACUCUCUGCUGCUGAAUGUAGAAGAUGAGACACCCCAGGACCUGGCUGAGGACCUCGAAUGGGUCCCCACCACUUUCCACCUGGAAGCCGGAUCCACAGCUGCUGCCGUUGGGACCCAAGCAAUGUCACCCCUCUGCUGAUGCUAGUCCUGGGGCUAGCAUAGUCCUAAAAUGAGAUGAAGGGUUGCAGAUGAGGAAGAGCCGAUCUGGAAGGAAGGACUUCCCCAAGUGGCCUGGAUGGAGAUUCUUGAAAGACCCUCGAAGCCACUGGCAUCCCGGAGGAAGCUUCCUCAAUUCUGUUGAAGAUGGCAUGCGCUGAAAUUGCCAGCUCCCGGGAAAAUGGGGAUGAGCAAACUGGCCCGAGGGGGUCUCACCUAAAAUACCUUUGUGAGUGUGUUUGGCACUGGGGUCUGAACCUAGAGCCUCCCCAGCGGUAGGCAAGCUUACUAUCAUGGAGCUGUGUCCCUGGCCCUCUUUUCAUUUUUUAUGUUGUGGUGGGAUCUCACUGAGUUGCCUGAGAUGGCCUGGAACUCACUCUGUGGCCCAGGCAGUCAUCUCUGAACUGCGACCCCCCUGUCUCAGCCUCCUGAGUAGCUGGGAUUAUAGGGCUGGUGGCAGUGGGUCACCACAAAGUUAUCUAAAGACUUCAAACAUAAGGCUCCCAACUGAACCUUUGCGAUUAUUCUAAUAUGACACUAAAAUGGAAGAGAGAGGCUUUAAAAACAAACAAACAACCAACAACAUUUCCCUUCUACAAUUGUAUGCAUAGGCAGGCCUGACUCCCGGUAAAGACAUAGAGAAGGGGACAAGCCCCUAAGCAAGCACAGGGCCUUGAUGGGUGUGGUAGGAGACCUGAUGGGUUCCUGCCAGCACAGGCACAUCUUCAUGUGGAAAUGCCCAGGUCUGGAGAGUGAGGGGGAAGAAUACGGAGAAACGUGUCGCAGGAGAAGCUUGGGGACAUUGAUCACAAGAAAGCUGCAACUUUCCUUUCGUUUCCCCCACCCCCUUAGAUUCCACACACUGAGGGCCCUGCUAGGUCACGUCUGUGACUGGCAUGAAGAAGGAGAAGAAAUAAAUCAACAUAGUUUCCGAUGCUUAGCGCUUAUAAGCACUAAGUAAAUGCAUCCUGUGAGUGAGACAGAUAUUAAAAGCAUAAACAACUAAAUAUGUGGUUAUAAGUUGCAAUGGGUGGCUGGGAAGGAAGAAAAAACGUUAGCAGAAAGAAAGACAAUGGAGCGGGUGACGGAUCACCCUUUGGGAAGCUUCAGGCGGGUGUCGUUGAAACUGCGAUUUAGGAUGAGCCAGGGGGAAGACAGCAUUG